GUAGUUUUUGCGAAAUAUAAGACCAGUUUUUUCUAUUCAAUUUAGAAUAUGGAUAACAUAAGGCGACCGAAUGAUUUGGCGCGUAUGGUGUUGGGUUAUCUUGAAAAGGAGAGGCUCAAUAGAGCUGCUGAAAUUUUUAUAGAGACUUCGCCGUACCUUAAGGAUGAAUUCAAUGCCUUGAAGCAGGGACAGAAGAUACACAAUUUUCUCGAAGGCAAACUAGAGGAGAUCAUUAGGGAACAUAUGAAGAUAACUGAUAUUGUUAACAACAAAAUGAAGACCUUACAGGUGGACAAGUUCGAGCCCCUGCAGGCAUUAUCUCUAGCGGAGCGCGUUGGAAUACUAAUGCAGUGCACUGCUUCAAGCACUAUUUCCAUUAAUGAAUCGGCUGAUGAUCGCUCUGCAGCGACGUUAACGAACCUGUGUGCUGAAGUGAAGCAAAAAGAGACUAUUGGUACGGAGCGCAAGAAGAUCAAAUUAUCCAUUCAUAGCGAGAGAGCUGCUGGGGAUGUUCACAAAAGCGCAGAGAAUAGCGGUCAGGAAUCAAAAGCGAACAGAGGCACCCUUUUAGACUCUACAGAGAACUCUAAACCUCAAACUAUUCAGCCUUUGCCAUCCAAUGGUAAUUUUCCAGUUAAACUUGCUAGCAACUCUCUGACCUCACAAUCAAUUGUUGAUAUCAAGGCUCCGUUGCAUGGAAACUUCACAAAGACUGCACAGAGUACACCAGAAGAUCUUGUGGCUACUGGCGUUGCUUCUGCCCAUUGCAUUGCCUUUCAACCUGAGACUCUAAAAGCUGAGCUUACCCCAAAUAUCGAGAAUGUUCAAGACCAGUCCAUGGAGUUCCUUCCAUCCCCCUCUGACUCGAUAGAACAUGUAAGUGCCCGUACGCGGUCAUGGGAUAAGCCACACAAGGUGUCCGAAGGCCGGCGGCUGAGGUCUCAGACAGCCGCUCAGGCAAAUACAAAUUGAAGGCAGAUCGCUAAUUAAUAUAAUCAUCAUUAUAGCUAUUCAAGAAUAAAUUAAAUCACAAUCAAUAACGCCAAUUCAAAAAUUAUCAUAUGAAUAAAUAAACGUCAUUUAAUUGUA